AUGUGGCACAGGGAAAGAAUACCGCUGCUACUGGCUUUCGUCCAGUCUGUGCUCGUAGUAGGGUGGUGUUUUACUGAAAUGGAAGCGGGGCCUGGCGCAGCUAUGUCGACGCAGACUAACGGAGAUCGGUUCAAAAUCGAGGGAAGAGCGAUAGUUCCCGGAGUGAAAACACAAGACUGGGUCUCCACGGCUAGAGUGCUGGUAGAUGGUGAAGAACAUGUGGGAUUUUUGAGAACCGAUGGGAGUUUUGCUGUGAACGAUGUCCCCUCUGGGUCUUAUGUUGUUGAAGUUGUUACUCCCACCUAUAGAUUUGACCCUGUCCGUGUUGAUAUCACAUCCAAGGGUAAAAUGAGAGCACGACUUGUGAAUUACAUCAAAACUUCAGAGGUAAUUCGCCAGCCGUACCCUCUUCAGAUCAGGAGUAGUGGACCUCACAGCUACUUUAUGAAGCGAGAAACCUGGGGCUGGACAGACUUCCUUAUGAACCCAAUGGUUAUGAUGAUGGUUCUGCCCCUGCUUAUCAUUGUUUUGCUACCCAAAGUGGUCAACACCAAUGACCCAGAGAUGAGAAAGGAAAUGGAACAGUCCAUGAACAUGCUGAACCCCAACCCUGAGCUUCCUGAUGUCUCUGAGCUCAUGACCAAGCUCUUCUCUGGCUCCAAAGGCUCCAGCAAGGCAGGCAGCAGCAGCAAAGGCACCAGGCCAGCUGCCAAGAGGAGGUAGUACUCUACAUGCCUCCUAAAAAUCUGCCUAAAACGAAAAGAGCUUGAUUUAUAUCAUGGAAGCAAGGUUUUAAAGUGUCAUUUUUUUUCUCUCUCUCUCCCUCUCUCUGGGUUUAUUGUACAGAUUUCGUUAAUAUUAGAUGUUUUGAGCACAUCUGGAUUUCUAAUAUGCUAUUACAAACUGAGCAAAAAGGUUUUUUUCUUAGUUUUUUUUUUUUUUCCCCCCAUAUUGCACUGAUAACAUUUGUUGCGAAAGCUGUUAUUCUUAAUUUGCGCGAUACUUUCUACAGGUGACCCUACUACUCAUCAGUCUUUUCUGUGCUAAAACCUCCAUUGUAUAUUUUCCACUGCUGCUACUUCCACUACCUGAAAGAGAGCAUAUAUACACAAUUCAGAGAUUUUCUUGUUUAAAUAACUUCAGUAAUACGACUGUGAAUGAAGAGAAAUUGAAUUUUAAGACAGAUAAAUUCUUAUUUAAAAACCUAGAUAAAUAAAUUGCCAUGGUAUAUGACAGCUGUGUUUUUAUUUCACACCAUUCAUUUGUUUGAGUGAACACGUGACUUUCUCAUUUUAUGAAUUAUUGUGGUGAACUGUAUGGUUAGAAUUCACACGCUGUACAUUAUGUGCCUGAGGUGUAAAAGUUAAAAUGAUAAUCACUGGAAGUACAAAGAGAGAAAUGUAUGGUUGCUUUUUAAAAGCUCUACAAAGUGUAACUGGUUUUACUUUGUAAUAAAAUAGACAUUAAAGUCCAUAGUUAAAAUCAU